GGAGUUGGGAGGAGCCGAAAGGGCAUCAACAGGGAAGUGAGGAAGAGAACACGCAAGAACGGAUGAAUAUAUAGGAGGAGGAGGAUACACAUGUCAGGUUUCCCGCAUGUCAUAAGCAAUGCUGAUAACACUGUGCUACGUCUAUCUGUGGGUUCGAUUCCAGAGGUGUUAUACGCUAGUUAUCCGAAGCACCGUGCACAGACUGCACGCGAGCAGCAGCUUCACGUUCUGCACUGCACUGAAACCCGGGCAGCUGCAGAAAGAAAAGCAACGCCACGGGCAAAGUUUCAGUAAGCAUGUUACAAGCCCUUCCAAUCUCGACGAGACUGCGUGCUUACAGCUGGGGAACAAGCUGCUUUACAUUACUGACUCGCAGCCCUGUGAAGACCUGAGCAAGUGGACCCUGCUCCAGGAAACACCUUUGAUUUAUUUGGAAUCUACACCUAGACGAGAGCGUGUUGCGUUUGUACUGGAAGCUGCAUCAGGACAGGAACAGAAAACCGCUUUACACAAGCUGUCAGCUUCAUCCAAAAAGAUUCUAAAGUGGUCAGACUACUGUUUGCCUCUAGCCUGCAUCUCCGGCGACCCGUUUAAGUUAAUUGCAGAUGCCAGUGUGGAUAACUUCUGCAGGCUUGGGGUAGCUUUUAUGGAGGACAGAUUACAAAUGGACAAUGGGAUGGUACCAGAAAAAAUAGUUUCUGUUCUACUUGAGGAAUCUGCACUAAAGAAACUGGUUGAAAAUACCAAGAUGGAUGGGGAGAAAAGCCCUGUACCUGGUACACAGACUGAACAGGCUGAGGCAGAGAUACCAAAGCUUAAGGAGACGGUAUCUGAUAAUGAGUCAGGGGACAAUCGCCAAGAUGGACCACAGCUUGCAAAAACUGUGCAAGGACUGCAGAAGGACCGAAGCUCAGAUAAGGCUCAGGAAGAGAACGCCAACCAGCCACAGAGCACGGACCAGAAGGAGAAUCAGGCCAGUCUGGGAGGGAAUCAUCACAGAGACGGACACCACCUCCACCUUUCCAGCUGCCACGAGUGUCUGGAGCUGGAGAACAGCACCAUUGAGUCUGUGAAAUUCGCCUCUGCCGAGAACAUUCACAAUCUGCCUGACGACUACAGCGGGUUCGGCAGUGAAGAUGAGAGCUGCACUGGCCAGUCCAGGCGGGUCAAUGUUAGCGGAAAGCCACCCAAUGUGCUGGUCUACACCGGCUCUGAUCCCAGUCGGUUCCUGACCAAAUACCAGCAGGUGAAGACCAUCCUGGCUGAGUGCAUAGACAUGGACAGCUACAUCGUCUACCACUUGCUGGAAGAGCAGGUUUUGAAGGACCCCUGGGCAGAGAACUCCUUGCUGCUGGUUUUUGCCUCGGAGGAGCCAGUUCCUGAGAAGUUUCACAAACUGUUCUUGAACUAUCUUUCCAAGGGGGGCAAGAUAUUCGGGCUGUCUUCCUUCUUCUGCUUCAGCGGGGUCAACCUAGCUCCCAAGGAGGCCCUGAAAAACAAAAUCCACAAGCUGUGCUUCACUAAAACCGACCACACUGACAUCGAGCUGGACGUGCUGACCAGUGGGAUGGUCUAUGAGAAGGUCGGAGCCAGCAGGGACAGUGGUGUGGAGUUCUGGGGACAACUUGGGAACAAAGACAAAGACAUGGUGAUAGUCCGUCUGCCGUAUGGGGAUAAUGGAGGGGAAGCCAUUUUGAGCCAGGUGCUCCUGGACACUUCCCCAGACUCCCAGGAGAUCCAGGACCCUGAGGAUUUCAACAUGCUGAAGGUCAGCAACGCCCGGCGCUACGAGGUCCUCACAGAGAUCCUCAGUGCUCUCGGGCUGAGCUGCGAACUGAGCAACGUGCCUCCUCCCAGCCCUCUCUACCUCCUCACCACCACAGAGUCAAGCAGGCUUUCCUUCCUGGAAUGGCUGUCGACCGCAGUGGACACAGAGGGGAUUUUGAGGUCCGCCAAGGUCUCUCUGAAAGCGGUUUCAGCUCUGCAGCCUGGGAUGGAGCUGAUGGAGGGCAUCCUUCCUCUGGUCACGCAGCCUUUGGGGUUCUCCUCGGAGCAGUUGGACCUCCAGACGUACUCCCGGAGCCUGCAGUCCAGGAGCCUGGGGCAGAUCGUCCUCUUCGCGGAAGUGACGCCCACGACCAUGGAUCUGCUGGACGGGAUGAUGCUUCAGUUGCCACAGGAAAUGGGGUUAAUAGCUAUAGCAGGCCGGCAGACACAAGGCAAAGGCCGUGGAGGGAAUGCAUGGCUAAGUCCUCUGGGGAGUGCCUUGUUCACACUGCAUGUCCGGGUCCCAGUGCAGUCCCCACUGGGGCAGAGAAUUCCCUUCCUUCAGCACCUGGUAGCUCUGGCAGUGGUGGAGGCAGUCCGGACCCUGCCUGGGUAUCAGGAUAUCGACCUCAGAGUGAAGUGGCCGAAUGAUAUUUACUACAGCGCCCUGAUGAAACUGGGGGGUGUUCUGGUCACCUCGACACUGAUGGGCAACACAUUUCAUGCACUUGUUGGCUGCGGCUUCAAUGUGAGUAACAGCAACCCCACGGUUUGCAUCAAUGACCUGAUCGUGCAGUACAACAAGGAGAACGGGAGCGCUCUGAAAGCCCUGAGCACAGCCCAGCUGAUCGGCCGCAGUGUCACCGUGCUGGAGAGACUGAUCGAUGCCUUCCAGGAGAAGGGAGCCCCUGGGGUUCUGCCCCUCUACUACAAGAGAUGGGUGCACAGUGGUACCCGGGUGCGUCUGUGGAGCGAGCAGGGCCCGCAGGCAUGCAUCGUGGGUCUGGACGACUGCGGCUUCCUGCAGGUUGAGUCUGAGGAACAGGGCAUUGUCUCUGUGCAGCCUGAUGGGAACUCUUUUGACAUGCUGAGAAACCUCAUCGUCACCAAGCAGCGCUAAGGAACAGCGCCGUCUGCCUCAGCACAGGGAGGGGGGUCACUUUACACUACAGAUAAUAUUAACUUGAUUAUAACAAGAACAUUAGAACAAGAUGAUUAUCUUGCCCCUGUGUUACAUGAUGUUAAAUAUAUUUCUACACAGGAUUUGACACGGGUAAUAUAUGAAGGUAAUAUUAUUUGUAGCAUACAAACGUUCCAAAUUCUGUUCCUGUAUUGAAUUUUCUUUUUGUUGUUUUUUUGUUUUUCUUACUGUGGGAGCUUUUGUAAAGCUUUGGAGACGUUUCUACAGUAGACACACCAAAAAAGCAGGACCACAAUGAACGUGAGGCGUGCUUUUAGUUAAGACGUGUUUUGUUGAUUACAAUUAUUGCUGUUUUGCAACAACUUAUCCUUGCAGAUAUUUCAGGUUAGACUGUAAUGAUGUUUUAAUUUCAUUCGAAGAUGUGCAGGGUAGUUUUCUGAGUGCGAGUGUGAGUGUUAAAUUAGCAAUAGAAAAGACUAAAUACAGCACAACUGCAGCAAUUUCAUUAAACACCUUAAGCCAGUUUAAAUAAUGAAUACAGUCUUUGUCAAGGUAUUUUAGACUUCCUUUUAAAACUAAAAGUUUACUGAAGGGGGUAGACUAUUAUUACAAUUCCAUAUUAUACUUGAUUGUUUCUAUGCAUGUGAUUAAUCAAUUUCAAGAUUGAAACCCCUGGUUUGUACUUUGCUUGGGCAUUGUAUGCACAUACGAUUGUAAUCAAUGUUAAAAUAUAAAACAUCAAACACUUGUUAUAGUAGAAUUGCACCUUACAUUGCCACAUUCCACCUCCUUUGUUCAAAACACUGCAGUGUUGUUAACUUGUGGAAUUGUUGUAGUUAUCUUAACUAUUUCAAAUUAUUGGCGUAAAAAAAGAAAAAAGACGACAGUACUGUAUUUCAUUAUUUGUAAGUGCUUCCGUUUUCAUUUGCAGAUUCCUUGUGUUGCUGGGAAUUCAUGUAUACUGUAGCACAACACCUAAGAUGUCAAAAAGUUGUAUUUUGGAAAACAUACCAAAACAGAAGUGCUUAAAGACGUUCAGAUGUUAUUGCCAUGCAAGGUCAACACAGUUAAUGCAAAUGUAUUCCUGCUAAAAUCCCAACACAUUGUCAAAUGUCAAAAGACUGGAUGCGACCCAAAAUAAGAAUGUAAAUAGUUCGGUUUAGCAAUAGCAGUGUAUUAGCACAAAAACAACACAAGCACUAAAGCUGCACACUGAACCAUGAAUAGCACAUAUUUACAUACCAGUACAGUUAAAGUGAUUGUCGAAAACACCACCACUGUGUCUCUGUCUUUCUGGGGUAUAAAGUUGUUAAGAGUAAAAUUAAGAACCGCUUUAGUCUGGUAGACAAAUGUGUUUAAAGUUAAGGGUGAAUAUAGUUAUACCUCAACCCAGGGCAAUUCAAUUGACAGCCUACUUGUCAUAUACAUGUGGUCGGCAGCCAUGCAGCAUUGUGUACUGGGGGUGUAUGGAAAGUAUAAUACUUUUGUAAUAAUGUUGCAAAAUAAAUCUAGACUACUACGA